UCAGCUAAGCGGUGGGCGGGGCGGGGUGCGCGAGCGCCGCGUCUCGCACGGGAUCGCUCUAUCCUUGUUAUUAUGUAUUUUAUUCUGUUUUAACUCUCACUCCAGACGAACGUCUCGCGUCCGAUCCUUACCGUAUUAUUACCGGUGCGGUGCAAAAUCAAACCCAGUUAUGUCAAUAUGAUCAUUAAAAAGUUGUUUAGCUAUCAGCCGAUCGAUGUCGGUUUAGUGAACGAGUGAUCUAAUAGCAUCAUAUUUAUUAAUACAAUAAAAUUUUGAUAUCUUUUAGCAAUUAUGUAUAUUAUCAAAUCAUUGACUAUGCUCCAGUUUUUUAUUGUUACGUUUUUAUUAUACGUUACUGACGCAGUGCCCAACGUUAAGACUAACAACGAGCACUGUACCGGGCGUGCCGCGUCGUGCGACGCGAACGCUGGUCCGCGUCGUGCAGUGUGCGGGACGGACGGCCGCACGUACCAGACGCGCUGCCACCUCCUCAGAGCCCAGUGCUCGGGUGAACCCGUGGCGCUAGCCAGAAAAGGACCAUGUGCUGAGGGCCAAUCAUCCUGCCUGAUUGCGUUGCGCUAUGCCCUGAACGGGCAGGGCGGGCGCCGAGCCAACUUCGUGCCGCGAUGCCGCGCAGACGGCACCUACGCCGCCGUGCAGUGCGCAGCCGCGGGCGCCGGCGCCGCCGCGGGCUGCUGGUGCGUCACGCCCGACGGCAAGCCGCUCCAGGACACCGCGGUCAGGAAUGGGAGACCUGAUUGUACCAAAACCGGUAAAUCGCACACCAGACGUCGGUCAUCGGUCCGAGGUCAGCGGAAUAAAAGAAGUUGUUCUCGAUCAGACCGGGUGUUAUUCAACGCGAAUCUUAUAAAGAUAUUCAGCGUAGAGUAUGAGCGCGCUCGGUCGGGCUCGGGCUCGAUGGAACCACGCUCCGUGGCUGACUGGAAAUUCGGGGAGCUUGACCGCGACAGGAGCGGGGCCUUGCAGAAGCCCGAGUACAGAGGGCUGAGGAGGCUCAUCAAAAAAUUGGUGAAGCCAAAGCGCUGCGCGCGCGCCUGGGCCCGCGGCUGCGACGCCGACGGCGACGGCGAGAUCGCGGCUACGGAGUGGGCCGCCUGCCUGCUCGACAACCCGGAGCCGCCCACACCGGAUUUUUCUCUCCGUUUCUUCAUGUUGUUGAACGCAGACGAGGAUAACGGACCGGAACCGGAACUCGACUAUGGGGAGGAGGAGCCGCCGCCGGACCCGAGCGCAGUGUUGCCGGGCAACAUCAGGCACUCAUUCGCGCCCGACGGCUCCGAGUCGGAGGCUCACCGAGAAGACGAGGCCAACGACUGCCUCACGGACCGACAGGCCGUCCUGGACGAACAGAAAGCGGGCGCGGCGGCCCUUUACGUGCCUGAGUGUACGGGGGAUGGCCGAUACGCGCGGGCGCAGUGUUACCGCUCCACCGGGUACUGCUGGUGCGUGCACCAGGACACCGGCAAGCCCAUCCCGGGCUCCUCCGUCAAGGACCUGCGGCCGGACUGCGACGCCGCGCCGCACCACGCUAGCCCCAUGAGAGGCUGUCCUGAACCAAUGAAGUCAAACUUCCUGCGAGACUUGAUGAGAUUUUUGAUUACUAAAAUGACGGCAACUACGAAUGGAACAGGGCCCGGGGAAAUUGUAAAAUGGGGGGCAUCAAAAGAAGAGCAAGCAGCCACAUGGACAUACGUGAUGCUAGACAAGGACAAAAACAAAGCCCUGGAACGACGGGAGUGGAAGUCGUUCCACCAGCUGAUCGCCAACAUGGAGCCGCUGCGGAGGUGCGGGCGCAAGCUGCCCCGCUACUGCGACAUCAACCACGACUCCAAGAUUACCAUAACUGAGUGGAUGGCCUGCUUGGAGGUCACGCAACUCCCACUGAGCCAAACGACGGAGCCAGCUAAAGUUUCAAAUUCUAGAAGAAAAGGACCAAACCCACUUGAGUCAAUCCUGAAAGCAGAUGACUAAUAUUUAGGAAACAGCCUAUGGAUUUUACAGUAAAUGUUGCUAGCGUUGCUUGUGUUUAAAAACAAUCGCAAUGUACAGUCACUUAUUUCGCAGCUUAAUUUUUGACAAUGUUGAGAUAGGUAUAAGUAACUACGUGAUUUUGCCGUUGGAACACGGCUUCGACGUGACCGGGAAAUUAUCGGGCAUGGCACAAGUCCUACAAGCCUUUUCAUCUUACGGUUUUUUUUUGAAGCACACAGUACUAGACGGUAGGUGCCAGCGAUGAGAUGAGUAGCACCCUAGCUUAGAGCGUUUUCACAUGGUCCGAUCCGAUAUCGGAUGUCGGAAGGAAGUAAAAUGUAAGUUAUAUGUGUUUCUCUGUAAUUAUUUAGGCAUUUAAUAAAUCAUUAUUACUAAAAAAAUAUAAAUAACGCAAAAAAGGCGGACUUAAUGCCAAUGGCACUGUCCUGCAGCUGUUUUUGUCAUAGGCGCCUUCCGACAUCCGAUUUUGGAAAGGCGCUUCCGAUAAAUUCAGCCAUGUCGGAGCCCCCCGUCAGCAGUCGGACCGAUAAUGGCGAUAAUAUUUGUUUGACUGCGUAUGUGUAGGCAUAAUGCUUGUUGUAGUGUGCGUGUCCGCUAAAGACGGCGCCCGGGAGCGCCCCCGCGGCCUGACUACGCGGAUGUAGGAUCCUACAUCCGAUAUCGGAUCGGACAAUGUGAAAACGCUCUUAUAAUGUCCUAUAAUAAGAGGCAAUAAUGCCUAUUUCACGUCACACUUGAUCGGUGAUAUAAAGAAGAUGACAAGACGAAAAUUUUCCUUUUCCGGUUCUAAGGAUGUUAAACCAGUAAAAAAGAACCUAGACGGACAUACAAAAAACAGUAUUUUGAGUCUGAUCGUGCCAGUAAUAAUGACGGGACUGUCUUACAAUUGUAAUGUAGCUGCUAUAGUAUUUUUUACGAUUUUUUACUGUUAAACAUUUUCAUGGUAUUUUUUCAUUAUACCUGAAGUAUUAUUUUGUUUAUUAAAUGUAAUAAAAGUAUUUAGCAUAUGUAUUACUGAAAUCUACCUGUACUGAAAUCACUCUGUAGCUACUUAUAUAGCACGAAUAGAGUUAAGAAUGUCCAGAUAUUUCCAAGCACAUUGUCUGUUUCAAUGUAUUGAACGGUUUUAUAUCCGUUUAUGCCCUUUUAAAAAACGCCACACGCGAAAUUUGCCUCGCGCGUAGAGCAAGAUGGUAGAUUAUUCUCGUAUCAAAUAUGCUACCAAGGAUAAUCUGGAUAGGUAGGAUAGGUAAAUUAUAUAACGCCAUAGUAACUAACCUGUAGAUUUCAUGGACAAGGAACAUGUUAUAAAUAAAGGGAUAAACUUUAUCUGGCACGAAAUAUCGUAUUAGACACAUAAAAUACUGCCACAUUCAUGAUCAUAACAAUUGUACGAAUAAAGUAGACGCAAUCUAAGCGCCUUUUUCCAGCCAGAUACAGUAACUGUAUCAAAUAUUAGAGUAUAGAUAUUUAUAUUUAUAUAUCUUUUGACAAAACUUACAUUUACAUCACAUUACAUAGGUACAUAAAUAGUUAUUAAUAUUAGUAUUCUACUCGUUUCAGUUUUCAUACAGUCACGUCUAAAAAUAUCGUUACGGCAGGGGUGCGAAACUCCUCCCUUCGGGCAAACUCGGCUCCGUUAGGCUCAGCAUUGCCACAGAAUAACUAAUAGUAUAGUCUGUAGAUUUGUAAGUGGACCCGACCCGCUAAUCCUUUGCCUAUUGUUAAGUAAAACCGCCUCUAACUGUAAAAAAAGGGUCGUGUAAUUCUCUACGGUAACUGAGUGCUGGCGAGUCGAACCAGUCUAAAAUGUGUCAUCGAGAUGCGUAACGAAGGCGCGUUAUCGGAGAGCGCACCUACACUGGUUUUUUGAGCGUUGGACUAGCCCGCGCUCAGGUGCCAAUUAGAAUAAUUAAGACCCUUUUUUGCAGGUAAGUAGCAAGUGUGGUUUUACUUAACAAUAGGCAAAGGGUUAGCAGUUCGGGGUCUGUUACGAAUCUACAGACUAUACUACCGGCAUUGCUACGAGCAAUUAUUAGGGUUGACACAACUUGACGUCCCUUUAGGUGCACGGUCACAGAUAAGAUAAUGGCUUGAAUUUUGACAACCCUGAAUAGCCGAAAGCGAUAACGCCAUAUAUUAGAAAGGCAAAAUGCAGCAUGAUUCGACCCUAAACCGCCGUCAAACAACGGUUUUGUAAGAAGUCUCCUUUCUGUACGGUAGUACUAUUAUUUAUUCUGUGGUUACGGACAAAGUGCCAAACAUUUUAUUUAUUUUAUUUAUUUAUUUCUAACAAGUUAAACAGCAUAACAGUAAAAAUACCAAUCCACUGCUAACUACACAGAAAAUUAAAGAAAAAGAAUACAAUAUGUAUACAAUUCAACACAAAUUACAAUACCUAUUGACAUCUAAACAUAAAUAAUUAGCACAUUUUAAACAGUAGAAGGACGUGCAUCCAUCUUCUCACAAAACCUCAAACAUUCAUCACGCACAGCCACCAGUCUGCUUGCAAACAUAUCACACUGAGAGGCUGAUGCGAGGAGCGCAUUCAAAAGGAGCAAAGAACGAACCAGAGGGGAAUUCCUACGUGAUACAGUACUCGAAGCCGGGACUGCCAGGAGACAACGGUCACGAGGUCUGAACUCUAUUCUGGUCCGAGAAGGAACGUACAGACGUACUAGUUGCCCCACCAGCUCAAUACAGUCCGACUCCCCGCGCAGGAUACUGCAAGCAAUGUUACGUGAAAUGUUGUGAGAAGUGCAAAGUUACGUCUUACCUCCAGAGAGUUGAAACCCAGUAGUAUUCCUAACAAAAAUUUGGUUGGGCAUAAGAACGGAUAGUACCCAUAAAUGUUUUUAUAGAGGAACCGUAAGAAUACCUUUUGUACUCUCUCCAGAAGUAAGACAUAAGAUGCCUCAUAAGGGUUCCAAACAACGGAGGCGGACUCGAGUUUGCUUCUCACUAGGGCGCUGUACAGGAGCUUCACGGUACCUGGGUCAUUAAAAUCCCUAGAAUUCCUGAUUACAAACCCUAACCUCUUGUAGCAGUCACGCGCCAAUGACAACAUGUGGUCAUGAAAAUUUAGGUCGGAGUCGAGGAUAACGCCUAUAGGUAAAAAUAGGUAUAGGUAUAUUUUUGGCACUUAUACAUACACUAUCUUAAUAUAUCGGCAAUAAGGUCGUGUAUGUAAAGUACUUAUCGAUAUUUUUAGACGUGACGGUACCCCUAAAUUUAAGAAUGUUUCUAAUUUCUUACGUACACUAUAAUUUACGGAAGAAUAUAGGAAUAUGUGUACAUUUUUGGUGUCUAUUAUAUUAUACUGGUAACUUUUUCAUAUGUCAGAAUGUAUAUAAUGCGUAUUUAGGUGUUGUUAGUGAGAUAUUAUCUAAAAUUCGUACUUCCACGAUGAUAACAAUAACUAAGCAUCUACUUAUUUGUACUAAAUUGCUGUAUUUUUUGCAAAUUAAAUAAACUAAGUAUUUAUAAUGUUAAGUAGUCAGUGUUAAAUAAAGAACUAUGUGAUAUUUUUCUCUGUUAAUAUUAUUCCCGAAUAAAGAGAAUAAUGUAACUACUGGA